CACUGAGCAGUUGUUUCAAAGAACGAGACAAAAGACCCACAAGGGCCCGCUAACGGAAGAAAGCUAAAGACUGGAAAAUUGGUGAUUCUCAAAAGGAAGUUUUCAGAAAACGAGAGCCUGAGAGGAUAGAAAACAUGGGAAGAGAAGAAUGAACAACUCCCACCUGACCACAGAGAGGGAGUCUACUGGGGCCUGAGAGCAAAGAAGACAAACCAAGUGAGGGUUUGGAGAAUUUGUAGCUUCAUCGGAUAAAAAAAGUUACCCCACAACAUUUUUGGACUAAACUUCAACAACUCAACUUUGACUUUUAACUUUGGAAAAAGAGACUGAACAAAAAGAGAAAGCCAGAGAGAACAACUGAUCCAUCACUAUGAGGAUCCUCAAUAAACACCUUCGCCUUCAGGACGUCACCAUCAUGUACUUCACCGCCCUGGCUGCUCUGAUGGUCAUCUUGGUGGCUUCUUACCAGGCGCCCACCAACGCCGUCGAAGUGUCCAGCCUCAAACCGAAGCCCUCCAACCCACUGCCACCUCUCCCCAUGCCUUUCCGGGUCCCUCUGGACCCACGAGGGCAGCUCCAGCUGGCUUGGAACAUCAGCUACGCCAACCAGGAGAUCUACAUGGAGCUGAGGGUGGCAGAUUUGAGGCACGGUGUUGUCCUGGGGAUGUCGGACCAAGGCGAGCUCACCAACGCUGACCUGGUGGUGCUAUGGGACUCUGGAACCAAGAGCUACUUUGGGGAUGCGUGGAGCGACAGUGAGGGUCGCGUAUCUCUGGAUAGCCAACAGGACUACGAGCUGAUUGAAGCCGAACAGAGAGCUGAAGGAUUCUACCUGCUCUUCAAAAGACCGUUCAGUACCUGCGAUCCCAGAGACUACCUCAUAGAGGAGGGAACUGUGCACAUCAUCUACGGGUUCCUGGAUCAGCCUCUUACCUCCCUGGAGCAGCUGAAUCUGUCCCGGAUCCACACGGGGGUGCAGAGGGUCCUGAUGCUUCGUCCCGACACGCCGCCGCCCACGCUGCCUCCAGAUGUGCAGACGCUGGAUGUCGUGGCACCGAAUGUCAUCAUACCGAAUCAAGAGACCACCUACUGGUGCUUCAUCCACAGGCUGCCUGAAAAUAUGCCCAAGAACCACAUUGUCAUGUAUGAGUCAGUGAUAACUCCAGGUAACGAGGCCAUCGUGCACCACAUCGAAGUAUUCGAAUGUUCUCCGGACGUCCGCGAGGUUCCAGACUACAGCGGUUCCUGUGAUGACAAGAUGAAGCCGGGAAAACUCAACUUCUGCCGCCAUGUGCUGGCUGCGUGGGCGAUGGGAGCUGAGGCGUUUUACUACCCUCCUGAUGCAGGGCUGCCUAUGGGUGGACCAGGUUCCUCCAGGUUCCUUCGUCUGGAGGUCCACUACCACAACCCUCUCAUUAUAUCUGGUCGGAGUGACUCAUCAGGGAUACGACUGCAUUACACCCCCAGUCUGAGACGUUACGAUGCAGGGAUCAUGGAGCUGGGCCUUGUUUAUACUCCCAUCAUGGCUGUUCCACCCAAACAACACACCUUCUACCUCAGUGGAUACUGCACAUCCAAGUGUACUCAGACUGCUUUGCCUCCAGGAGGGAUCCAUAUAUUUGCAUCCCAGCUGCACACCCACCUGGCGGGUCGAGGGGUGAGGACGGUUUUGGUGAGGGGAGGCAAAGAGCUGGAGAUUGUUCAGGAAGAUCAGCACUUCAGUACACACUACCAGACAAUCCGAGUUCUGAGAAAAAUUGUGAAUGUUUUACCUGGUGACGUCCUCAUAACAAAGUGCACUUACAAUACAGAAGAUAGGAGCCAGCCUACGGUGGGAGGCUUUGGCAUCAUGGAGGAAAUGUGUGUUAACUACAUCCACUACUACCCUCGUACUCAGCUGGAGCUGUGCAAGAGCCACGUUGACCCGAGAUACCUGCAGAAAUACUUUAACUUCAUUAACAGGUUCCAUGGAAAUGACCAGUGUGUGUGUGGCGAGGUGAGCGUGACGGAGCAGUAUUCUCAGCUACAGUGGGACGCAUUCAGCGGAGAGGUGCUGGACUCUCUUUAUAACACAGCUCCCAUCUCCAUGCACUGCAAUCAGUCCACCGCACGCCUCUUUCCUGGAGACUGGGAGAAACAGCCGCUACCAGUGGUGACCUCCAUCCUUGAGAAACCCCGCUACCCCUGUGAAGGAGCUCCUCUUCCCACCAGCUGACCUUUCACAGCCCCAGAGUGUGAAGGAACCUCGAGGGAUGUUUGAGGCUGAAGAGAGAGAACCUACAUGUGGAAAGUUAAAGAAACUCCUGAAUUUUUAUCUCUAGUUAGAUGCUGUAAUUAUAUGCUUAUAUACACACCUGCUGUCUGUAGUCUUAUUAGAUAGACAGAUACUUAGUGCACACAUAACCGGAAUACUUGUGUUUCAAAUGAAUGGAGAUGGACACUAUUUCUGAAACUAGGAAGUAGGACUGGCUAGUAUUAAACAAAAACAUGUGCAACUAACAAAUUCUCUUAUCCAUUAGCUUCUGCACACUUACUAUUUUUUUUCCCAUUUGUCUCCUCAUGUUUCUGUUGGUUUAAAAAUGUCAUUACAACAUGAAACGGUUUGCAAUUUGUUGAAUAAUUUCUUUCUGUAAUAAACAAUACAUAAUGAAUGA